UUUGUACGUUGUUGGAUUCUAAGGAUUAUUUCUCACGGGUCUCAGCAUCAAGCUUUUAAGAUAUUUUCGGUUUUUUCGCUGUCGUUGGUGCAAGAUUGUUCUACUGAAACGUAAGAAUUAUUUAAACGAUGGCUGAAGGCGACAGUUAUGGGUGCAAAACGUAUUUUUUGAUUUCGCUCGAAGGACUCCUAUAUUUGCUACAGUUCGUUCUUGGUGUGAUUGCAUUUGCAUUGGUUUUGAGUCAUGAAGAAUCCAGCAUUUUCUCUCAUUAUGGCUUCUUCAUUGUCGUCAGUGCUCUGUGUUGGAUUGGAGCAUUACUCAUCAUCUUCUUCCAUGUGGUUGGUUGCUGCAAAGUCAAGAUACUGGGUGUUUGGCAGAGGGAAUAUUCUCUGUGGAUUUUUCUGCUGAGUUACUCCUUGUCGUAUUUCUUCUUCUUCUUGUUCUCCUCGGCUCUUUUGUCUCAGUGGACCCUGAAGUCUGCGCAGUUUAUCAUAGCAGCAAUCUGUGGUUUUAUUUUGGUGAUUGUGUUUUUCAUCCUGUGUAUUAUCUACUAUCGCCGGGUCAGAAAAAUCAGGCUGACAGAGGUGGCCUGGGAAGGCGAUAAAUCAACCAGGGCCUAGACAAGUGACAUUUGUUCAAGACUGGCUGUGAAAAGCUUGUAAAUGCUUUUCUAGCAACAAUUUUAAGCAGAAAGAAAGUUGUACAACUGAAGGCAUUUGCCUAUGUAAUUUUGCUAAGACUUUGUUGGUGGAAAUCAAGGUGUUUAUGACUGUAUAAAGCUUUUUUAAUAACAGAAUUUGUUCAAAAAUGGAAAUUAUUGUACUUUUCCUAUGUGCACAAAGGAAUUUUUUGAGGACAUGAGUAUUGUUGCUGGAUUUAUUUCAUAGGUUUGCUUAUUUUUAACUUAACUAACAUGUACAUUAUUUAUGUUUUGUUUCUCACUAACUUAUGGAAAAAUUAAUAUCUCUAAGUUGCAAUUUAUUUUUUUUUAUAAAUGUAUUGCCAGGAGCUGACAAUGCAUUGAACAGUGCACUUCUUGGUUUUUGCAGAAGGUUUUUUUAGAUCACUUUUUUUCACUAAUUUAGUUCAUGGAUAUUAUUUCUGGAUUAAAAUGAGAAUAUGAAGUCUUAGUUUUACUUACAGACUGACUUGGCAUGAAGGCAUUCAGGGGAUGAACAGCAAAUUCUUUCAGACUUUGUAAUUAGUUUGUUGUAAAACCCUGGAUCUUGCGCCAAAGGGAUUAUUGACCAUUGUCCAUUAGGGUGCUCCUUAGAUUAUAGUGAAAUUGAAAACUUUCCUUUUCAAUUGUCUAAAUGCACAGGAGCUGGAACAUGAUUGUAACUAUCCUGAUACUGCUCAGGGUGGUUUGCUCAAAGUGUUGAUUGAAUCUUCUUUCUUAUUUUAACCCUUAAAAUAAAAAUUCUUAUUACUGUC